AUGCUUCACGAAUCAUUGCGUGAGGGAUACUAUGUAGUGGAAUUGAACAGAAGUGUCUGGAUGGUCCCCAACUACUACCAGAACCUCACGCCUAUCGGAACUGGAGCCUACGGAACUGUUUGGUAGGUUUCUUCCAGAUAUUACAACUUUUUUUAGUACUUCAACUCCCUGUGAACUUGUGGAAAGUGAAAUUCGCUAGUUAUUUUUAUUGAAACUUUCUUCAUUUCUGCAUGGUCUUUCGCUUUCAGCGCCGCCGAAUGUACAAGGACUGGCCAACGCGUCGCCAUCAAAAAGUUCAAUCGUCCAUUUCAAUCCAUUAUCCAUGCUCGCCGCACUUAUCGGUUGGUCUUCUUAGUGUUUGAUUCUUUUUUUGAAUUUCUAGUGAUAUCCAAACAUUUUUGUUUUACCCUUUUUACUUUUCGAGCUAUUUAUUUAAAUUUAAAAAGACUUAAUUUUAUCAAUUUUUCGAUUUCAAAAAUUUUCUAAAGUUUUCGUUAUAUUUAAUUUUUAACUAGAUAAGUCAUUAUCAUUGAAACGUCGAAAUGGUUGAAAUUUAUACCGAAAUUGUCACUUUUCGAUUUCCUUCGAUUUACUUCUUAAUAGAGCUCUUUUCUUGCAGCGAACUUCGUCUUCUGCGAUGCAUGCGACACGAGAACAUCAUCGACAUGCUCGACGUCUUCACUCCGAACGACACUCCCAAGGAAAUUGAGGACGUGUUCGUUUUACCUCAUCUUCCAAGAACUGAAUCUUCCAAUAAAUUGUUUCCAUUUCUCACUCUAUCUUUUCAGUUACUUCGUCUCGAUGUUGAUGGGGGCUGAUUUGUCGAACAUCUUGAAGAUUCAGCGGCUCAACGACGAUCACAUCCAAUUCUUAGUUUAUCAGAUCCUGCGUGGCCUCAAGGUUCAUUCAAAUGCGUUUUUCUUGAUUCUAGCGACAUUUUUCAGUACAUCCACUCGGCCGAUAUCAUCCAUCGCGACUUGAAACCGUCAAAUAUUGCUGUCAAUGAGGAUUGCGAACUGAAAGGUAUUUUGCGAUUAAAUGUUUUUUUCUAGCAAAAUUUUAUGGAAGGUCGUGACGUUUUCAAUAUCUUGUACUUGGAUCAGACUCAACGGAAGGGAUUUUCAUUAAAAAAAUAAUAUUGAAUUUUUCUGAAUUCCAAAUUUGGAGCUCAACCCCUUAACGUUUAGGGCUUUAUAUUUUCAAUUUAUAAAAUAGUAGAACCUGCGGCCAAAAAAAUUUUCUGUGGAAAAUUCCGUUCUUUCUAGAAGUUAUGUUAGCUGAAAAAAUGAAAAAUUUGUAUGUCAUACAUCUGAGAGAAGGAAAAUAAAGUUUUUCAGAUUCUGGACUUUGGCCUGGCGAGGCAGACGGACUCUGAGAUGACUGGAUACGUGGCCACUCGAUGGUACCGUGCUCCGGAAAUCAUGCUCAACUGGAUGCACUACACUCAGACCGGUUGGCUCUCCGUAUCUCUUUCAAUAACGAGAAACCAUUUUCAGUCGACAUCUGGUCAGUUGGAUGCAUUUUAGCCGAGCUGAUCACUGGAAAGACGCUUUUCCCCGGCUCUGACCGUUAGUCUUUUUCAGGAAAAUUGGAAAAAUGUCAUCGUUCUCAGAUAUUGACCAGUUGACGAGGAUAAUGUCAGUGGUCGGAACCCCAGACGAAGAAUUCCUCUCGAAAAUAUCUUCAGAAGAGGCGCGGAAUUACAUCAGGUAUACUGUGAAGCUUUUAAUCAGGCGCUAUAAUUUAUUUCCCCGGAUGAAUUUUCCAUUUUUCCUUUGAAUUGUGCAACAAAUAAUUAAUUUUUUUGACGAUUUCAUCAUGAACAUGAGCUUUCAUGAUGGACAACUCAUUUAUAAAAACGAAAAAAAUGAAAAAUAUACUUCAAGUUUUAUAAAGGUGAAAGGUGACGAUGCAUUUUUUGUUCACGUUACGUUUUUAUGCAUUAUCAAGUUUUUUUUUUCCCUAGGUUUUCUUAUUCAUUUUUCAAGCCUGAACUUUUGUGUUUUCUAAGUAUGAUCCUCACUCGUCUCAAGUGAUUGAAAAAUAAAAUGCUGCAGGAAUUUGCCGAAAAUGCCCCGGAGAGACUUCAAAAAACUGUUCUCACAAGCUUCACCUGCCGCCAUCGAUCUGCUGGAGAAGAUGCUGAAUCUGGAUCCGGACUACAGGUCGUUCUGGACUAUCGGACUCUUCGAAGAAGCUUUUUUCAGGCCCUCAGCACAACAGGCGAUGGAGCACGAGUAUCUGGCCGCGUAUCACGACGAGAGCGACGAGCCCAUCGCCGAGAACAUCGACCUGCACGAGGAGGUCGAGUCGAACAGCAUCGACGAGUGGAAGAAGAUCAUUUUUGACGAAAUCGAAGACUUCCAGGUCUAGAAGCUCUCUCUUUUCCUUCUCAUUCUUGUGUUUCAGAAGAACCACGUUUUCGACGAAAUGGAAGGAGAAGGUUUUGAAAAUGAGGAUUCGUCUUCUAUGGAGAAUUGA